AUGGCAAGGGUUUUUGGUGCUUAUGAGAAAGAAAUCCAAUAUUGCAGCUGAUUAUUCAGAAAAAUUGAAAUUGUUAGCAAAUGUAGUCGAAAAAACGCAACAUCGGCAAGAAAUGAAGGUUUCCCUGUGGAAGUGUGGGGCUGAUGUCAAAUUCUUAGAUCUGAAAUACAAUGGGGAAGACGCAGUUUGGGGAAUAAGCGACGUAGCGCUGCUGUUGCUGAUUAUCGUCGUCGUCCUUGGCAACACGGUCGUCAUUCUGGUCGUACUCGUCGACCGUAAGCUGAAAGCGGUCACAACAAACAAAUUCAUCGCUAGUCUUGCAGUUAGCGACCUGCUCGUUGGCGUUAUUGUUAUGCCUAUGUCACUCUAUUCUAAGCUACACGGUGAUAACUGGACCCUCGGCUAUACAUGGUGUCAGUUUCACCUCGUUUCCGGUGUAUUUUCAUCCACCGCCAGUAUCGUUCACUUGGUACUUCGCAAUAAUGUUCCCAACGGAGUAUCAACGACAUUGCGUGUCGACGUCCACACUACCAUAUUUGGUUAUGAUUUGGGUGAUGGCGUGUUGUCGUCACUCCUGUCAUUUUUUCUACCUGGUGCCAUAGUCGUCUAUCUGUAUACAAAAAUCUUCAGAAAGUUGAGAAAUCAUCAACUUUUUAUGUUUGGGCAAUCUGUACAUAAACACACAGAUAAAAGGCAAUCGUUACCGAGAGUCAUUAUAGAAGAAGUUCGAUCUCGUCGUGGAUCGAGACUAUCCCAAAACGGCUCUCCGAGCGGUUGCUCUACAAGGCGAUCCAGUGGAUCUAAAGGACGAUCCCCAAGUCAGCCAGAUAUUCACAGCAUUUCUAUGCCUCAACAGCGUUGGCGAAGUCCGACAAUCUGUGCAGAGACCCUCGCUUACGAUAGAAAUGUAGCGGCAAAAAAACGAGUGUCAAUCGUUCCUGAUCCACCAUCAAUGGAUAUCAGCGUCAAUAUAGUUAGGAAAGAAGAGUUGAAUAUCGAAGCAGAUCCGUUACGAAACAAAACUGUGGAACCAAAGCGAAAACUAGACGAUGAACCAAAGGUGAAGGCAGUCGAGCGACAAAAGCUGAGCAUGCAAGAGGAUUCGAACGGCCUAGAGAUUAUGCAAGCCUUCGAAAAGGUUCCGAGAUUAUUCGAGUGUCCGUCUCUGUGUUCUGUUCCUUCACUUAGCAGUCACUCAUCCCAUACUUCAGCUAGUAGUGGAGAUACGUUGAGGCGAAUUUCAACGAACAGUUAUGGCAGCAGUCUCACCGAUAACUCUGACUCAACAUUCGAAAUUGACUCGAGACGAUCGUCAGCCUGGUCGACACUUCGGAAUGCAGUCCUGGAAGCAGGUCACGUCCAUAAGACGCCGAUCGAUAUUACGAUUGACGGAUCUAAUGAAACUCCACAAAAGAAGAUUUCAACGAUUAGCAGAGGAAAACUGAGGCGAAUCGCUACUCAGGUCACACGCGCUAUUCGGCGUAAGCGUCGCGAAUCGAUGGCUAUUCGACGCGAAUCGCGUGCAACUCGCGUCGUUGCCGCGAUCCUCAGUGAGUCAGCUAAGAUUGCGUUUCUUAUCUGUUGGAUCCCGUAUUUUUGUGUGAGCGUGACACGUGGUAUUGCUAUGGGCUUUUCGAUACAAAUCAACCAUCAUCUACACCUUAAAUUGUAUGUGUUGACAUCGUGGCUUGGUUAUACGCAUUCGUGCUUCAAUCCCGUGAUCUACAUGUGUCUUAAUACGAGUUUUCGUGCAACCAUGCGUUUUUGGAUCCAUCGGACGAGGAAGGGCGAAUGA